AUCAAAACAAGCAUCAUCUUUUCUUUCUAUUAUUGUAUUGCUUUUCCAUCAUCUUCCAUCCCUCUCUCUCGCAUAUUUCAGUAGCAGGAGCAAACUCCAGCCAGAUAAGUCAUAUCAGGUGAUUCGUUGCUGUGCAAAUGGAGAACCAAGAUUCUUUCUCAGUAGUAGAAGAAGGGAAAUGGUGGGGAAGUAAACAAUUGCAACAAAUCAAUGGGUUUUGGUUCAUGCCACUUGUGGUCCCUGGAGUUCAACGAGUCCUGGCCGAGUUCAACCCAAACCCUAAUGAUGUAAUCUUGGCUUCAUUUCCCAAAACCGGCACCACAUGGCUCAAAUCUUUGCUUUACUCAAUCAUCUAUCCAUCCUGUCUUGAUUCCCUAGCCAAACACAACCCCCACGAUCUUGUUCCUUUCCUUGAAAUGCGAGUCUUCAGUGAAGGAUCGCCACCCUACAUCAUGCCACCACCCAAUGCUAAAACUAACAUUUUCAGUACCCAUAUUCCAUAUCAAUUGUUAGGAAAAACCUUUGAAUCCUCAGGUUGUCGUGUGGUUUAUGUUGCCAGGAACCCAAAGGACACCUUGAAUUCACUCUGGCAUUUCGUGAAUAAGUGGAAGGUAGCCGAGGAGGGAGAGUGGGGGUUGGAAGAAGCUGUAGAGAAAUUUUGCCAGGGAAUUGUACCUUUCGGAUCUUACUAUGACCAUGUGUUGGGGUAUAAAAUGGCGAGUUUAAAGAACCCUAAUAAAGUGUUCUUUAUUACAUAUGAAGAUCUAAAGAGUGAUGAUACAAAAACUCACGUCAAAAGAUUGGCUGAGUUUUUGGGUUGUCCUUUUGGUGAAGAGGAUAAUGACAAAGUGGAAGAGAUAGUGAGGAGUUGCAGCUUUGAGGUUUUGAGCAAUCAUGAUGUGAACAAGUCUGAGGAUUCUCAUACUGUUGGGACGAUGACAAUAGCUACUAAGGCCUUGUUUAGAGAAGCGAUUGUUGGUGACCAUAAAAAGUACUUGAAUGAUGAGAGUAUUAAAAGAAUUGAUGCACUCACAAAAGAGAAAUUUCACAAUUUCGGUAUUGCUUAUGGGGUUUAAUUAGUUUCUUUAAUUUGUUUGUGUGGCAUAUGUAAGAGCAUAGAAAUUGGUGUGUUUCUUUGCUUCUAUGGUGUGUGUAGAGAGUUUAAAUUGUUAUAUUUCGUUGUUUUCGUUGGCUU